ACCGCGACCCCGCCAUCCUCGACUACAUCCAGGCGGGGCUGCGCCUCAUCAUGAGCUGCCCCUCGGUGCUGGAGCUCUUCGAGCUGCUGCAGGUGGAGGCGCUGCGCCUGGUGUGCGAGCGGCCGGCGCCGCCGCUCUGCGCCCGCCUGUGCCAGCUGCUGGGCGACUUCCCGCAAUGCCUGCCCCGCGGUAGGAAGCUCUCGCUCGCCUUCUGCCAGCAGCUGGUGCGCAGCAUCGCCCACUUCCAGAGCCAGGGCACCCGGGAGGCCGAGCUGCGCCUCUACGUCUCACAGGUGACCCAGGUCAGCGCGCUGCUCAGGAGCGUCUGGAAGGCCGAGCCCGAUACGCUACUGCCCUCCCUGCAGGAGCUCUUCGCCGUCAUCUCCGCCGCGGAUACUUCGUUCGAACCUUCUGUUGCACUGGCAAGUCUUGUGCAGCACAUACCAUUGCAGAUGAUUACAGUACUCAUCAGGAGCCUUACUACAGAUCCUAAUGUGAAAGAUGCAAGUAUGACUCAAGCUCUGUGCAGAAUGAUUGACUGGCUAUCCUGGCCUCUGGCUCAGCACGUGGAAACAUGGGUGAUUGCACUGCUGAAAGGAUUGGCUGCAGUCCAGAAAUUUACCAUCCUCAUUGAUGUCACUCUGCUUAAGAUUGAAUUGGUCUUUAAUCGACUUUGGUUUCCUCUAGUGAGGCCUGGUGCCCUUGCUGUCCUUUCCCACAUGUUACUUAGUUUCCAGCAUUCUCCAGAAGCUUUUCAUUUGAUUGUCCCACACGUGGUCAGUUUGGUUCACUCCUUCAAAAGAGAUGGCCUGCCUUCCAGUACAGCCUUUUUGAUGCAGUUGACUGAGUUGAUACACUGUAUGAUGUAUCAUUAUUCAGGAUUUCCAGAGCUCUAUGAACCCAUUCUGGAAGCUAUUAAGGAUAUGCCCAAACCCACUGAAGAGAAGAUUAAGUUGAUCCUCAGUCAGAGCGCCUGGACUUCUCAGUCCAGUUCUUUGCCAUCUUGUUUAUCUAGACUUUCUGGAAAAUCUGAAACUGGGAAGACAGGCCUAAUAAAUCUAGGAAAUACUUGCUACAUGAACAGUGUUAUUCAGGCACUUUUUAUGGCUACAGAUUUCAGAAGACAUGUUUUAUCUCUGAAUCUAAAUGGCUGUAAUUCCCUAAUGAGAAAAUUACAGCAUCUUUUUGCAUUUUUGGCCCAUACCCAGAGGGAGGCAUAUGCUCCUAGAAUUUUCUUUGAAGCUUCCAGACCACCAUGGUUCACCCCUCGAUCCCAGCAGGAUUGCUCGGAAUAUCUCAGAUUCCUGCUAGACAGGUUGCAUGAAGAAGAGAGAACUUUGAAAGCAUUGUCUUCUGCCAAGAGUUCUGAAAGUAUAAUGACUGAUGAGUCCCAGGCACAAGAAGCUGUCCAUAAAACACAAGUAUUUACUGAAGCACCUUGUGUGGGAAGUGAAGAAAGAACUCUGAUAGAGAAGAUGUUUGGAGGAAAAUUGAAGACUAACAUAUGCUGUUUGAACUGCAAAAGCAUGUCUCAAAAGGAAGAAGCUUUCACAGAUCUCUCUUUGGCUUUCUGUCCUCCCACUUCGGUAGAGAAUGUUGACCCAAAAUGCAUGGAACAUUCUGAAGUGAAAGAUGACUACAUGGUGCAAAGUAACACUUUAGCAACCAGUCCUGCUGCAGAAACAACUCUCACUAAUCUGCAAGUAAAUCGUGGAUGUGACACAAUAAUGAAUGAAGGAGCUAUAGAAGAUUUUUCUAGUGAGUCAAGCUCUGAGAAUACCACAAUUUCUGAACUCAAAGUUGAAAAUAAUGGGGAUAUGUCUCAGAGUCUGGUAGGUAAAAAUACCCUGUCAGUUACAGACUUACUCAAUUAUUUUCUGGCACCUGAGAUCCUUAGUGGAGACAAUAAGUAUUAUUGUGAAAAGUGUGCCUCUCUACAGAAUGCUGAAAAAACUAUGCAAAUCAUUGAGGAACCUGAAUACCUCAUUCUCACUCUUUUGAGAUUUUCAUAUGAUCCAAAGUGUCACAUAAGACGCAAAAUCUUGGACAAUGUUUCUCUACCACUUGUAUUGGAACUGCCAGUGAAAAGAGCAACAUCCCCUUUAGCUGUUGUUUCAGGAGACUGGUCUGUUGAUCUGGAGAUUUCUGAUACUGGAGAAAACCUUGCUAAAAAACUGAAGCCCUCAGGUGCUGAUGAAGUGACCUGCCCACAAUUGGUGCCCUAUGUGUUAAGCUCUGUGGUGGUGCAUUCUGGUGUAUCCUCUGAAAGUGGACAUUAUUAUUCAUAUGCUCGGAAUGUUACUGGAUCAGGGCCUUCAGGGCUCUGCCACCAGUCUACAGCUCUUUCUUUAGUUUCUCCUCAGGAGAAGUUGUUUACGGAGGAGAGUCCUUGUACUGUUGUAGAAAAUGAGCUGGACACUGAGAUGCCAAGAGAAUGGUUUCUGUUCAAUGACAGCAGAGUGACAUUUACCUCAUUUCAGUCAGUCCAGAAAAUCACCAGUAGAUUUCCAAAGGACACUGCUUAUGUUCUUUUUUACAAAAAGCAGAACAGCACCUGUGGCUUCAACACCAAUCCAGCGAAUGGCCUCUGGGUAAAUGGAGAUCCUCCUCUACAAAAAGACCUCAUGGAUGCAAUUACAAAAGAUAACAAACUGUACUUGCAGGAGCAAGAGCUUAGUGCUCGAACACAAGCACUUCAAGCUGCCUCAGCCUCUUGCUCUUUCCGACCCAAUGGAUUUGAUGACAAUGAUCCCCCAGGAAGUUGUGGGCCCACAGGUGGAGGUGGAGGGGGUGGGUUCAGUACCGUCGGUAGAUUGGUCUUUUGACUAUGAAGACAACCUGGAAUACACUGGUUCCAAAGCAGUCUAGUACUGCUGAGGACAAAUAAAAUAUUGAACUUUGUCAGAUAUUGUACCAGGCUUUGAGACUUGAUCCUUAUCCAAAAGCAAAUAUUGGUGGUUUUUUGGUUAUGUUUUAUUUGAAAUAAAUAAGCGCAUAAUGGAAAAAAACCUACCUCUUAAAAGUUCAGUUGCUUUCAUAGUAAGAUGUGCUUGCCCAAAAACCAGAAAAUUAAGAUUUUUUUAAGUAAGUGCUAAUGGCAUUGCAUUAAACUGAACAAAAUGCACUUAAUAUCAGUUUCUCUUGUCCUCAUCCACUGAAUGCAUAAAGUUCAUUUUUUACUCUUAGAAUAUUGCUUUAUGUGGAAACCCAUUUUCAGAUGGGCUAAACUGCACUGUAAUCUCUCACCCACUGCUUAUUUUCAAAUACAAUACCUUUGUGGAUUUUCAGAGAUGAUGCAAUUUGUAAUGAAGGCAAUAACUUAAAUGUGACAUGAUACAGUACUUUCCAGGUUAAAAAUUAUUCAGUCCAUUUCCAGUGUAAAUGAAAAGAAAAAAAUUUAUAAAUAUUUGCUAACUUGUUAUCCAAAAAAAGUGCAUGUUGUGUAGGAGCAAUGUUUUUAAAUAGAAAUUGUUAACUUUGUAGCAUUUUGAGGAUUUUAAAAUUAUUUCAGGGACUAUAUCUACUGAGUAUUGGAAAGGAAGAGAUUCUGUAUGUGCCUUGCAGUACUGUAACUUAAACUCCCUGAGGCUGCAAAAGAUGUGAAAAAUGUCUUAGUAGACAAUUAUUUUUUGUCAGCAUUAGAAAUCAAGACGUUUAUAGAAAGCUUUUGGGUUUCCAGAAGUAAAAAUCUGUUAGUUUGAAAUGCAGUAAGUGUUGCCCUUUAUUUUUCGAUUAAAAAAUAUACAUACCUAA